UUUGGAUAAACCGCAUCCUUAGUGAUAAGUUAAUUACUUUAUCAGUCAGUUCAUUAUUUUGUCAACUUUGUUUAUUGCUCUUUUGGUAUUGCUGGUUAUGAAGUAUUUGUGAAUUUGGAUGCAAAAUAUAAAAAAAUUACUCUUCACAUAGUAGGAUAGAUACACAGUUUUAAAAUAUGGCACACUCUAAUUCAUCUGGAAACUUCAAGAAUGGUAUCAUUGACUUUACUGCGGGUUCAUUAGGUGGUGUUGCAGUUGUAUAUGUCGGUCAACCUUUAGAUACCGUAAAAGUUAAAAUGCAAACAUUCCCACACCUUUAUACAGGAAUGUAUAACUGUUUAAAACAAACGCUAAGAAGUGAUGGCAUAAUUCGUGGAUUAUACGCGGGAACAACGCCUGCAAUCUUAGCUAAUGUAGCUGAAAACUCAGUUUUAUUUGCUGCAUAUGGUUAUUGUCAGAAGUUUGUUUGUACUUUAACUGGAACUCAUAAUGUAGAGCAGCUCUCAGCAUUGGGUAAUGCGUCGGCAGGUUUCCUCGCUGCUUUCUUCUCGUCGUUCACACUGUGCCCGACGGAACUGAUCAAAUGCCAGUUGCAGGCCAUGAGGGAGGUCAACCUGCAAGGUUCUCAAACAGCUAUUAAAGUGACACCCCUACAGUUGACUCAGCAAAUUUUUAGACAAUAUGGAAUACAAGGACUGUUUAGAGGUCUUGUACCUACUAUAAUGAGGGAAAUGCCCGGAUAUUUCUUCUUUUUUGGAGGAUAUGAAGGUACAAGAAGUUUACUUGCAAAACCAGGUCAGUCAAAAGACGACAUAGGUUUUGUUAAGACUAUGAUUGCUGGAGCGGUCGGUGGAUUGGUUCUGUGGACGGUUAUAUUUCCUUCUGAUGUUAUUAAAUCUCGAAUACAAAUAUCGAAUCAAAAUCAAAAGUUUCUAAACAUUGGUUACGAAAUAAUUAAAAAAGAAGGAGUACUAGCAUUGUAUAAUGGACUGAAGCCCACACUAGUUAGGACAAUACCGGCGACUGCUACUCUAUUUGUUGUAUACGAAUACUCAAAAAAGUUUAUGCACAAAACGUUCGGCGACUGAAUGAACAACUUUUGAAAGUAUAUAAGUAGUUAGUUAUGCAUUUAUUGUUGCUGUUGACAUUGAUAGUAUAUUGUUAAUUAUACGUUUUUGAGUUUUUGUUAUAUGU